AACAGCACGGCAACAGCAUAGCAACUAGGUAUACACAGACACAUAGCAACUCAUACUUGUCGUUUGAUACAACCACAACACCCUCAGCAAGCCACAAAUGUCUGCCCUCGAGGCCAAGGAAGCUCAUGCGGCAGGGACCGCUACGCCUGACUCGCGUUCCCAGAUCGAUGCUGCGGGCAAGGUGGAGCGGGAUCCGUUCGCAGAGGGAGAGGUUGAUUUCCGGACCGUCGGAUGGAUGAAAGCAUCGGUCUUUUUCACCAAAAUGACUUUUGGGAUCGGUGUGCUGUCCAUCCCUACGUCGUUCUACACCUUGGGCCUCGUAGCGGGGAUCAUCUUUGUCUUAUUCUGGGGUAUCCUUAAUACUUAUAUGGCGUACCUCAUGGGCAAAUUCAAGAUCAAGCACCCAUCUUUCCACGCCUUGCCUGAUGCAAUUCACAUCAUGGCUACGGACUGGGGAUAUGGACCUCGAACUGCCAACAUCGCCAUGUACCUCACGGAAGCCCUCUACCUCCUCACUUGGAUCCUCGCCGCAGGUGUCUCCAUGCUCGGUCUGACGAUCGCUCUGAACGCCGUCUCCUCCCACGCUACGUGUACGGUGGUCUUCAGCGUAGUCAGCUACAUCGUCAUCACCUGCAUCGCCAGCAUCCGCAAGAUCUCCCAUCUCGCCUGGGUCACCUGGGUAGGGUUCUUCAGUAUCGUCGUCGCCAUCAUGAUCAUCGUCAUCGCGGUGACCAUACCCGAUCGACCGGCCGCUGCUCCGCAAACUGGACCUUUCGAACUCGGCUUCUCCGCCUACCCCGCAGCCGCGACGACGUUUACCAGCGCAUUUUCGGCGAGUCUGGCCAUCUUUUCUUCUUCCGGGAACACGCCUGGGUACAUUCCCGUCCUGGCAGAGAUGAGACGGCCCCAGGAUUACAACAAGGCGUUAUACGUCUGUAUGGGAUGGAUCAAUGCGGCGUACUUGGCAUUCUCUACCGUGGUCUUCUACUACUGCGGUCAAUGGGUCGCUUCCCCCGCGCUUGGUUCAGCUGGUCCUACCUUGAAGAUCAUCGCCUACGCCAUCGCUAUUCCCGGACUGAUCGCUGGAGCUGCCACUCUGACUCAUAUCGCCGCCAAAUCCCUAUUCGUCAGGAUUCUGCGAGACUCGCGCCACCUGACCUCGGAUACGAAAACACACUGGGUCGUCUGGCUCUCCUGCACCUUCUUGGUCGGAUUCAUCGGAUGGCUGCUAGCCGAAGCCAUCCCGUUCUUUGGUCAGCUCAUCAGUCUGAUCGGAAGCCUGUGUUUCGGACCGAUCUCGAUCAUGGCGCCGGCUCUCAUGUGGUUCAGUCUGAACCCGGGCGCGUUCAAGGGCGCGAUGAAGAAGAAGUUGGGAGCGGGGUUACAUGCGCUUUUCUUCCUCAUUGGCGCGUUCGUCACGGUGGCUGGAACUUACGCCGUCAUUGUCGACAUCAUCGACGCAUUCAACAACGGAAAGGUCGGAGGAGCAUUUUCGUGCAAGGAUAACAGUAACACGGUCGCCAACUAAGGUCGGCAGGAGGAUUGGCAGCAUCAGCAUUGAAUAGAACAGGACAUCCCUUCUUCGCAUUUGCAUGGACCAGACAAGCAUUAGCAUACACACAUUCGUAUCUACAACAUUGUACAUAUCACCUCACACUCAUCGCAUUAAGCAUUCCCACAGG